AUGUCAACUUCAAUCUCUCUUCUAUGGAGGACCAGUCAGCAAGUGGCUUUGCGGCGGCCGGUGCCAUCGUUCCCCAGUACUGCCACUGUUCGCGGUAUGGCCACCAAGAAGCAAGGAGGAUCCUCCGGCAAUGGACGUGAUUCAGCUGGCCGACGACUUGGAAUCAAGCUGUAUCCAGGCAUGAAAGCCAAGGCCGGUUCGAUUGUGAUUCGACAGCGCGGCGCCAAGUUUCGUCCAGGUGAUAACGUAGGAAUGGGAAAAGAUCACACCAUUUUUGCGACACAGCCAGGAGUGGUCCAGUUCUCGCGACAUCCCUAUCACAAAAAGAAGAGGCAUAUUGUCAGCAUCUUGCAACAAGAGGAGCAAGCAAUGGCAUGA